ACUGGAAGCUGCGGCCUAUAAGCAGUGAGUGGGCGGGGCUGCUCCUGAUUGCUGAGUUACCGUGGUAGUCACUACCCAUAAUCCCAUGCGUUAUGCUGACGAUCCCACGGAAAUGCCGUCCCGCCCACUUCCUGAACACAUUUCUCCGUCCAGGCCAGUGUGUGAGCUGCUGCCUUAUCCUCCAGGGUUACACAGUAGUGAAGAAGACAUCCGGUGAGUGUGAGACACCGAGCAGCCAUCCCUGUGUGUCAGGAGGACUGCGCAGGACCCAGAGCCCCAUCACGGUGCCUCCACCUCACUCACUGACACAUGAGACACAUUGACCAGAAGAUCCUGGAACUCCCUAACAAGAUAAUUCAGCUGCUGACUGGAGAGAUGGGCCCAGUAACAGAGAUACCCCAGAGAGAUGUCCCCGUCCUCUGUAUUCCCAGGAUUGUACAGAGGAGAAUCACAGGAUCCCACAGGAGGAUCAGGUAGAACGUCUGUCUGAUAUUAAAACAGAAUAUAUAGAGGGAGAAGAAGAGACGUAUGUGAGUGAUAUAAAGGCAGAAGAUACAGAGGGAGAAGAAGAGACGUAUGUGACUGAUAUGAAGACAGAAGAUAUAGAGGGAGAAGUAGAGACGUAUGUCACUGAUAUAAAGGCAGAAGAUAUAGAGGGAGAAGAAGACACGUAUGUGAGGGGUGAUCAGCAGUGUAAGGAGGAGGAGAUCCCUACAGAUAUCAGCACAGCAGAUGGACACACAAGCAGGAAUAUCUCAGAAGGACAUCUAAUGUUAUCCCCGGAUUGUGAAAUAAAAGAUUAUGACAGUAGACAGGAUUCUCCAGGAGAUAACCCCAUUACCUCAAUUAUACAUCCAGCUCUAUCAGCUGGUCCCUCUGAUCCUGGGAAAUGUUCUCCUGAUCACUCUGAUAUUGGUGCAUCUGUUACAGCUCUGACAGUAAAUACAGAGUUUCCCUGUUCUAUAGAUACCACAUGUUUUACACAGAACACAAAGCUUAUUACCCAUCAGGCAGCUAAGGCAGGUGAGAGGCCACUGAUAUGUUCUGACUGUGGGAAAUGUUUUACCUGCAAAUCACAACUUGUUUCACAUCAGUGCAGACACAAAGGUCAGAAGCCAUUUCCAUGUUCUGAGUGUGGGAAAUGUUUUACAGAGAAAUCACAUCUUGUUACACAUCAGAGACGUCACACAGGUGAGAACCUAUUACCAUGUUCUGAGUGUGGGAAAUGUUUUACACUGAAAUCACAUCUUGUUACACAUCAGCGAAAUCACACUGGUGAAAAGCCAUUUCCAUGUUCUGAGUGCGGGAAAUGUUUCACCCGGAAAUCCCAACUUGUUAAACAUCAGCAAAGUCACACAGGUGAGACUCCAUUUCCAUGUUCUGAGUGUGGGAAAUGUUUUACAUACAAAUCACUUCUUGUAAUACAUAAGAGAAUACAUACAGGUGAGAAACCAUAUUCCUGUUCUGAGUGUGGGAAAUGUUUUACAUACAAAUCAACUCUUGAUGCACAUAAGAGAAGUCACACAGGUACAUCACCAUUUCCAUGUUCUGAGUGUGGGAAAUAUUUUGCACAGAAAUCACAACUUGCUAGACAUCAAAGAAUUCACACAGGUGAGAGGCCAUUUCCAUGUUCUGACUGUGGAAAAUGUUUUGUACAGAAAUCAGUUCUUGUUGCACAUCAGAGAAGUCACACAGGUGAGAAACCAUUUCCAUGUCUUGAGUGUGGGAAAUGUUUUGCACACAAAUCAGAUCUUGUUAGUCAUAACAGAAGUCACACAGCUGAGAAGCCAUUUCCAUGUCAUAAGUGUGGGAAAUGUUUUACACACAAAUCAGAUCUGGUUAGUCAUAACAAAAGUCACACAGGUGAGAAGGCAUUUUCUUGCUCUGAGUGUGGGAAAUGUUUUGCCCGGAAAUCAGACCUUGUUAGACAUCAGCGAAGUCACACAGGUGAGAAGCCAUUUUCUUGCUCUGAGUGUGGGAAAUGUUUUGCCCAGAAAUCAGAACUUGUUAGACAUCAGCGAAGUCACACAGGUGAGAGGCCAUUUCCAUGUCCUGAGUGUGGGAAAUGUUUUGCACACAAAUCAGAUCUUGUUAGACAUCAGCAAAGUCACACAGGUGAGAAGCCAUAUUUUUGCUCUGAGUGUGGGAAAUGUUUUACACAGAAAUCAUAUCUUGUUAUACAUCAGAGAAGUCACACAGGUGAGAAGCCAUUUCCAUGUUCUGAGUGUGGGAAAUGUUUUGCAGACAACUCAGCUCUCGUUAUACAUCACAGAAAUCACACAGGUGAGAAGCCAUUUCAAUGUUCUGAGUGUGAGAAAUGUUUUUGUUAGGCGCCGGGGUCCGCGCGGCCGUGCGGCCCGGCGCCUAGCAACCAGAGACGCCGGGCGCACAGAGCCGCUCAGACCCUAGCAACAGGAACGCCACGGUCGGACUGCAUUCCCUGUUGCUGGGUCUUAAUUAAUCAGUGCCUGUGUGUUCUGGCCAUGCAGCAUGCAGCUGCACGGCAUCAUCAUGUAAUUACCCUGUCUGGAUCAGGAUUGGAGGGCUCUCAAAUAUAAGCACUCCCAGGACUUCUCUCAGACGCCGGUGAUAGCUUCCUGUUUGCCUGUGUCUGCUGCAGAGAAAGUUCCCAGUCCCGGUCUAUCCGUUUGUUCCUGUUAUCAGUGAUCCUGUACUCGGAAGUUACCAUCUAUUCCUGGAGUCUGACCGAGCACCUUUAACAUCUGGUGGUGUUCGUGAGUCGCGGCGCAGCCGUGUGUUGCGGCUUGUCCGCUAUAAUUUAUUAUUUUGUUUAUAUUGUGUUCUGGAGCUUUGCGGAGGAUUCCGCUUCCACAAGAUCCACUCUGGUGUCCAGCGGUGCCGGAUAGGAGUGUCGGAUCAGUGGAUCUUUGGUUGUCCUUUUCCCUGGCGGCUAAUCCGCACAUACCUUUUGAUUUAGUUAAGUUAGCUUGUAACCCCUGGCUUGGUUGCUUAGUCAGAGGGCCCCUUGUUAUCACCCUGUCUCGGACUUCCCCUUGUCUCCCAUUAAGACCUGCGGGGGCAUCGGGGUUGGGCAGACAUAAUCCGCCCUUCGAACGCGGCUGCCAUAGGCUCAAGCAACCAUAGUCUCGCAGGGGAUUUCUGAUAACACGGGCGAGACAACGGAGUUAGGGCGCCAGGGGUUACUAGGCUCUCCAGCUCCCACAACCUGUAUAUGGUUCCUGUACUCAGAUCCCUGCCAUAAGAUCUUCUCCAGUCUGGAGUACAGGAAUCGUAACAUUAUCACCGGCCUGACAAAAGAAAAAAUUUCAACAGGAGUUAAUUUUUUCACUUAUCCAGUUGGGAGAAUUUUGUCGGCCUCAUGAAUCCCACCGGUGUUGGGCCAAAUCCUGGCCAGUUUCUGGUUAGUCAGAUUCAGGAACUUACCCAGAUGGUUCAGGAUCUGUCCCUCCGGGUGAGCUCACAGGAAGAUCUGUUACGGACUUCCCCGAGGGUCAUCCCUGAACCAAAAAUGCAUCUGCCUGACCGUUUUUCUGGGGAUAGAAAACAGUUUUUUAAUUUUAAAGAGUCUUGUAAACUGUAUUUUCGUUUAAGACCAGUCUCCUCAGGUACGGAGGCUCAGCGGGUUGGAAUUAUAAUUUCUCUGCUUCAGGGGGAUCCUCAGACCUGGGCUUUUGGUUUAAAGACAGACGAUCCGGCCUUAUCGUCUGUAGACGCCUUUUUAAAAUCUUUAGGGCUAUUGUAUGACGACCCUGAUAGAGAGGCGUCCGCAGAAAGUCAGUUGCGUGCUCUAAGACAGGGUAGGAAUCCUGCAGAGAAUUAUUGUACGGAGUUUCGCCGUUGGUCGAACGACUGUGGCUGGAAUGACCCUGCCCUGCGCAGUCAGUUUCGCCUCGGCUUAUCUGAAUCUAUAAAAGACAGCCUCCUUCAGUAUCCCGCUCCUGAGACCCUUGAUAAACUCAUGGAGCUCUCUAUUAAAAUAGAUCGUCGGCUCAGAGAGCGGAGGACUGAAAAAGGGGCAUCUGUAGUUUCUUUUCCCUGUGUUCCUUCCGUUCCUGUAGACAUGGGGGAGCCUAUGCAGAUUGGUCUCUCCAAAUUGUCUCCGGAAGAAAGAACCAGGAGGCAAAAUUCUGGUCUGUGUUUGUACUGCGGAGGCAAGGGACAUUUUGCCCGUAGUUGCCCAAACAAGUCGGGAAACUUCCUGACCAAGUGAAUAGUGAGGGGGUUCACUUUGGUCUACAGCUCAUCUCCUCAAAUAAUUCACUGUUGGUUCCUGCUAAAGUUUCUUAUGACAGCCUCUGUUCCUCGGUCUCUGCUUUUGUGGACAGUGGAGCUGCAGGAAACUUUAUGGACUUAACAUGGGCCAAGGCCUUAGGUAUUCCUCAGCUAACCUUAGGUAGGUGUAUCACCAUGCAUGGUUUAGAUGGGAGUCCCUUAUCCAAUGGGGUUAUUUCUCUAUGUACACCUCCAGUUUUGCUCUCGGUGGGAGCUCUACAUUCUGAAAAGAUUGAGUUUUUUCUUACCCAUUGUCCAGCAGUUCCUGUGGUUCUGGGUCACCCUUGGCUGGCCUUUCAUAAUCCCAACAUUGAUUGGCAGUCUGGGGAGAUCCUACAAUGGGGUACCAUCUGUGAUAAAGAAUGUAUUACACUUCCCAUUCGAGUAGCCGCUGCCAGCUCUGCACAUAUUCCUGGAGAAUACCAGGAUUUUUUGGAUGUGUUUUCCAAGGGCAAUGCUGAUAUUUUGCCUCCCCAUAGGCCUUAUGAUUGUACCAUUGAGUUAAUUCCUGGUGCCACGUUGCCUAAGGGAAGGUUAUAUGCAUUGUCUGGUCCUGAAACGGUGGCCAUGAAUGAGUAUGUGAAAGAAAGUCUUGAGAAAGGGUUUAUCAGGCCAUCUAAAUCCCCUUUAAGUGCAGGUUUCUUCUUCGUAGAGAAGAAGGAUGGUUCCCUCAGACCCUGCAUUGACUUUCGAGCCUUGAAUAAGAUCUCAGUAAAAAAUACUUACCCCCUGCCGCUGAUCUCUGUCCUCUUUGAUCAGCUACGUUCGGCUGUUAUUUUUUCUAAGAUUGACCUGAGAGGAGCAUAUAAUCUCAUUAGAAUCAGGUCAGGGGAUGAGUGGAAAACGGCAUUCAGUACUCAAUCAGGCCACUAUGAGUAUCUGGUCAUGC